AGGCUCCGGGCCUGUUCGGGAAGCCCGGGGGCAGCCCCUGCGGGCCCUCCCCGCCGCUGGCCUGCGGGACCGCUCCCCUCCCCGCCUGUGUCUAGGGCUGGACCUGAGCGGCCGCCCUCCUCGGGAGAGCGGGGAUCAGACCGGAGCUGAGACCUGGAGAUAGAUGGGCGUCUGCGACGGGACUCGGGCUGUCACACCGAGCAGCGCCGUGGUCCAGACUUGAGGCUUCCCACGACACAGAACGUGGACCUUGAGAGGCGUUCGGUGUUAGCCGCCGUCGUCCAGACCGAACCCCGAGUUAACUCCACUUGGGCUUCUCCCGCAAGCAGGAACAAGGCAACAGCCGCUGGAGAGAGGCUCAGUUUUCGCGACUUCCGCCGUGACAGCAGCCUUGACGGAGUUGUACUUGUGGCCUACGCAGCCGUCAUCCUAGCACUCACCUGGGACAGCCCGCCGUCCGUGCUCCCGGCACUCCUGUGUGGACAUCCAGACCAGCACCUGACUGUUCAUUUCCAGACCUCACAGCCCGGGCCCCCAGACCUUGACGCCCUGGGUCUCAGCCGCUCUUGAAGGACUCUGACUUGUCACCUGCCAUCUCCAGCCGCUGUCAGUCGCUGACGUCGCCGCACUCCCUCAUCUCCCCUUGCGGCCUCCUACAUGCUCAUCUUGUUGGCCUGGGUUCAGCUGGUGGUAUGGAGGGGCACUGCCUGGCACUGACCUGGGAGUGUGUGUGACCCACUGACCCAAUGGACAUCAAAGGCCAGUUCUGGAAUGACGACGAUUCAGAGGGCGAUAAUGAAUCAGAAGAAUUUCUCUAUGGAGUUCAGGGGAGCUGCGCAGCCGACCUGUACCGCCACCCGCAGCUCGACGCCGACAUCGAAGCCGUGAAGGAGCUCUACAGUGAGAACUCCGUGUCCAUCAGAGAAUAUGGAACGAUCGAUGAUGUGGACAUCGACCUGCACAUCAACAUCAGCUUCCUCGACGAGGAGGUCUCCACAGCCUGGAAGGUCCUCCGGGCAGAGCCCGUGGUGUUACGGCUGCGAUUCUCUCUCUCCCAGUACCUCGAUGGGCCAGAGCCGUCCAUUGAGGUUUUCCAGCCGUCGAAUAAGGAAGGCUUUGGGCUGGGUCUUCAGCUGAAAAAGAUCCUGGGUAUGUUCACAUCCCAACAAUGGAAGCACCUAAGCAACGAUUUCUUGAAGACCCAGCAGGAAAAGAGGCACAGUUGGUUCAAGGCAAGUGGUACCAUCAAGAAGUUCCGGGCUGGCCUCAGCAUCUUCUCACCCAUUCCCAAGUCCCCCAGCUUCCCCGUCAUUCAGGACUCCAUGCUGAAAGGCAAACUGGCCGUACCGGAGCUUCGAGUGGGGCGCCUCAUGAACCGGUCCAUCUCCUGCACCGUGAAGAAUCCCAAGGUGGAGGCGUUCGGCUACCCUCCCAGCCCCCAGGCAGGUCUCCUGUGCCCCCAGCACGUGGGCCUCCCUCCCCCAGCACGGACCUCUCCUUUGGUCAGUGGCCACUGCAAGAACAUCCCCACUCUGGAGUAUGGCUUCCUCGUCCAGAUCAUGAAGUAUGCGGAGCAGAGGAUUCCGACGCUGAACGAGUACUGUGUGGUGUGUGACGAGCAGCACGUCUUCCAGAACGGAUCCAUGCUCAAGCCAGCUGUGUGCACGCGUGAACUGUGCGUCUUCUCCUUCUACACGCUGGGCGUCAUGUCCGGAGCGGCGGAGGAGGUGGCUACUGGAGCAGAGGUGGUGGACCUGCUGGUGGCCAUGUGCAGGGCAGCGCUGGAGUCCCCUAGGAAGAGCAUCAUCUUUGAGCCUUACCCCUCCGUGGUGGACCCCACCGACCCCAAGACUCUGGCCUUUAACCCGAAGAAGAAGAAUUAUGAGCGACUGCAGAAGGCUCUGGACAGUGUGAUGUCCAUCCGGGAGAUGACACAGGGCUCGUAUUUGGAAAUCAAGAAGCAGAUGGACAAGCUGGAUCCCCUGGCCCACCCGCUCCUGCAGUGGAUCAUCUCUAGCAACAGGUCCCACAUUGUCAAACUACCUCUCAGCAGGCAGCUGAAGUUCAUGCACACCUCACACCAGUUCCUCCUGCUGAGCAGCCCUCCAGCCAAGGAGGCUCGGUUCCGGACCGCCAAGAAGCUUAGCACCUUCGCCUUCCACGGGUCCCACAUUGAGAACUGGCACUCGAUCCUGCGCAACGGGCUGGUCAACGCAUCCUACACCAAACUACAGCUGCAUGGAGCAGCCUAUGGCAAAGGCAUCUACCUGAGCCCCAUCUCCAGUAUUUCCUUUGGAUACUCAGGAAUGGGGAAAGGCCAGCACAGGAUGCCCUCCAAGGACGAGCUGGUGCAGAGGUACAACCGGAUGAACACCAUCCCCCAGACCCGAUCCAUUCAGUCACGGUUCCUGCAGAGUCGGAAUCUGAACUGCAUAGCACUCUGUGAAGUGAUUACGUCCAAGGACCUCCAGAAACACGGGAACAUCUGGGUGUGCCCGGUGUCCGACCAUGUCUGCACACGGUUCUUCUUUGUAUACGAGGAUGGCCAGGUGGGCGAUGCCAACAUCAACACUCAGGACCCCAAGAUCCAGAAGGAAAUCAUGCGUGUGAUCGGAACUCAGGUUUACACAAACUGAGGGGCCCAGCCCUCGCACCCGCUCCCCCAGGCUCCACGCCCUCACCAAAGGGCUCCGGAGCAGCAAGAGAGGCCGCCCUGAGGCGUCGAGGGGCAGGGAAGGUGGCAAAGGCAGCGCCACGCUGGAGACGGGCCCCGCGGCUGCCCCACGUUUGGUGGCUGGCUGUCUCCGCCCCAGUUUUCCCAGUUGACUUCACCCUGUUUGUAAAUAAACAAUAAAACGGAAGGUGCUGUGGA